GUGGCCAAUGGCGUGCAGAGCAACAUGCCUAAGUUUCAUUGUGACUACUGUGACACGUACCUCACCCAUGACUCUCCAUCUGUGAGAAAGACACACUGCAGUGGUAGGAAACACAAAGAGAAUGUGAAAGACUACUAUCAGAAAUGGAUGGAAGAGCAGGCUCAGAGCCUGAUUGACAAAACAACCGCUGCAUUUCAACAAGGAAAGAUACCUCCUACUCCAUUCUCUGCUCCUCCUCCUGCAGGGGCAAUGAUCCCACCUCCUCCCAGUCUCCUGGGUCCUCCUCGCCCUGGUAUGAUGCCAGCGCCCCAUAUAGGGGGCCCUCCCAUGAUGCCAAUGAUGGGCCCUUCUCCUCCUGGGAUGAUGCCAGUUGGACCUGCUCCUGGAAUGAGGCCACCUAUGGGAGGCCACAUGCCAAUGAUGCCUGGGCCCCCAAUGAUGAGACCUCCUGCCCAUCCCAUGAUGGUGCCCACUCGGCCAGGAAUGACUCGAUCAGACAGAUAA